AUGAUAUGUCGAAGAAGGUUGAAUAUAUUCACCGACCUAUUCAUAAAAAGAAAAGUACAAACUUUUAUUCCUAAAUAUGAAGGAAAUGUAAUAGAUAAAUAUGAAGACCUAAACUUUUUAGAUAAUGAAAUAAAACAUAAUAUACAUAAAUUAAAAUGUAUAGAGCAAAAGAAAAUUAAAAAUGAUCGUAUUAUAUAUAAAAAAAUAUUAAAAGAUCUUCUUAAAGAAAAGGAAAAUUUUGUUGCUGAUGAACUAGUUCAAUUUUUCUAUAUACUAAUAUAUAAUGAUUUAUAUUACUUAGAUAUAUGUUCUAACUUUUUUACAUAUUUUUACAAUAAUUAUAUAUUUUCAAGAAAUUAUUUUAACAACAUAAACGUAAAUAAUAUUAUCCAUAUUAUAUAUUCCUAUUAUUUAUUCGAAAGUUAUCAUUUUUUAACAGUGAAGAAUAAUUUAUUUAACUUAAAUGAUAAAAUUGAUCAACAAAAUAAGUUAAAAAAUGAAAAUAAUAAAAUUAUUAAUUUGAAAUUCAAUCACUUAGAUGAUUCUAAAUCAAAUCCAAAUGUUAAUGAUGAUGUUUAUUCAAAAUUAGACAUUUAUAUGAAAAAGAAUAAAAAUGAGCAAAAUGAUUAUAUAAAUAUGAAUAGAUACAAUGAAUAUUAUAACAAUAAUACUUAUGGCAGUUUUCAUAUAUUUAAUUAUUAUUCAACCUUUAUCCAUUUCAAUAUAGAUUAUAUAAAUAAUAAUCACUUGAUAAAAAUAUUACUAGUUCUUUCUCAAUUUGUCUAUAAUACAUCAAUAAGCUCUUUUUUUGAAAAUAAAUGUAAAGAUAAAAUUUUUAAUGUUUCUUCUAAUAAUGAAUUAAAAAAUAUUGAAAAAAAUUUAUUUCCAUUGAUUGAAUCAUUUAUACAAAAAAUUGAUAUAAAAAAAGAUAUUAAGAAAUCCUAUUCACCAGAAACAAUAAAUGAAAAAGAAGUUAAAAAAAAAAAAGAAAGAUAUAUGAAUUUAAUUGAUAAUUCUUACAAAAAUUUUAUUUAUAUAGAUAGUGAUUUAAAUGAUCAUAAAUUAAUAUGUCUAUUUUUUUAUGUUUUAUCUAACAUAUUUCACCCAAUAUCUACAAACUUCUUUUUUUCAAGAGAGGAUUAUCUUUCCUGUGAAAUUUUAUCAGAUUAUCCGUUUAAUAAACUAAAUGAAGAAGGAAAAUCAGGAAUAAAAAAUGACCCUAGUUAUUUAUGUACUUCCUUAGAAAAUUUAAAUACAAAUGAUAAAAUAAAUUUACCAAUAAUUAAAGUAUUUAUUAAUCACUAUAAUAAGCUAGAAAUGCGUAAUGAGUUUUAUAAAAAUACUGAUAAAGAAAAAUCUAGUAUUCAAAAUUUUAUAAUUUAUAAAAAUAAUAUAUUAAAAAAUAUUAAAAAAUAUGUAUAUUUAGAUUCUAUAUAUAAUCUAGAUAUGCAUUAUAAAUUAAUAUUCUUUAAGGCAGUUUAUUCUCUCAAUUUUUUUAAUUUUCCUUUACUAAAAUAUAUAUAUUUGAUACAUUAUUAUCAACAAAAUAAUAAUAUUGAUAAUUUUGAUUAUUACGACAAUUUACAUUUUCAUAAUUUUCAAAAUAUUCAUAUCCAGUACAACCAGAGUAGUAAUGAUCAAAAAGAAAAUAAUCAAGCAGAAAUUGUUCAGAAUAAAUUAAAUCAAGAUGAGAUAAAUGAAGAAUUAAAUGAUAAAAAGAAUUAUGAUAAUAUUUUAAGAAAUAAAUUAAGAGAAAUUUCAAAAAAAUGUGAUAUUUUUAAUAAUGCAUAUAUAAAUUUACUAAAUGAAAUUGAAAAUAAUAUAAAAAAUAACUCAACUGAACAAAUAAUAAAUACGUUAUUACAUAUGCAUUUACUUAGAUUUAUUGAUAACCAUUUUAUAAUUCUCAUAAUAUCAAAAUUGUGCAACAGUACUGAUAAAUUAAGAAAUGAACACAAAAAAAAAAUUAACACUAUAAUUACGUCACUGCUAAUAUUUUUAUCAACUCAUAUUCAUUUCAGUAACUUAUCAUUUUUAAAAUGCUACAGUCAUAUCAAUAUUUUUAAUCAUAUAUACUAUAAUAACAAUAUAUACAUGAGACAUUUAAAAAAAUUAUACGAUUUCAUAUUACUUAUGUAUAAUAAAAAAAUAUUUAAAAGAAAAAGAAAAGAAUUAUUAUCUUGGACAAAUUAUAAAUGCAUAUGA